UCAUUUUAAAAUCUGCUCGUUCUCGUGCAUCCAACCAAACUGCUCCUCCUCCCUCAUCGGGCUGUCGAUAGGGCGGACGACCAGAGGGGUGUGUGUGUGUGUGUGUGUGUGUGUGUGGUACAACAGAGGAGAGAGAGAGAGAAAACCGCAGUUGCUUGUAAAGUGAUGCUCUGCCUGCGUUGGCACAGCGAGCUGCUGCUCAGCUCUGCUCAUGUUCCUGCUCACUCUCAAUUAGACUCGACCAAGUUCCUGCCUUCGUGCACCUUUUCUGCUUCACUCCUUCCAUUUGUCAGGACUUUCAAGUUGGGGCGUUUCCUCUUGAGUUCUCACAGCGCAGUCUUUGAGAGAGAGGAGAGGAGAGCGGCAGGAUUAUAUUUGAAGAAAGAAAAGACGGAAGAGGAUCUCCCGUUCCCCUUUGAGGACACUGAGGUUGUCCUCCAGAUUAUGAGGAUGAUUGAAAGCUGCACACGUUGAGACCAGAUGGACAAAUGACGAGGAGCACCGGAGGCAUUAUGAACACCACGGAACAGUUUGGACUGAUCCAUGGCUUCCACAACUGGAGCCAGACCACGGCCACGCCGCCGCUCGACGAAGACUUGUCGCCCGACGACAAGGACUCGUCCGCAGGAUGCUACGAACAGCUGCUGAUUUCCACGGAGGUCUUCCUCACCCUGGGCAUCGUCAGCCUGCUGGAGAACAUCCUGGUCGUCGGCGCCAUAAUCAAGAACAAGAACCUCCACUCGCCGAUGUACUUCUUCAUCUGCAGCCUCGCCGUCGCCGACAUGCUCGUCAGCGUCUCCAACGCCUCGGAGACUAUCGUCAUAGCGCUCAUCAACGGCGGCAGCCUGACCAUCCCCGUCACGCUGAUCAAGAGCAUGGACAACGUGUUUGACUCCAUGAUCUGCAGCUCGCUGCUGGCGUCGAUCUGCAGCCUGCUGGCCAUCGCCGUCGACCGCUACAUCACCAUCUUCUACGCGCUGCGCUACCACAACAUCGUCACCCUGCGGCGGGCGAUGCUGGUCAUCGGCGGCAUCUGGACGUGCUGCACCGUGUCCGGCAUCCUGUUCAUCAUCUACUCGGAGAGCACCACGGUGCUCAUCUGCCUCAUCACCAUGUUCUUCACCAUGCUGGUGCUCAUGGUGUCGCUGUACGUGCACAUGUUCCUGCUGGCGCGUCUGCACAUGAAGCGGAUCGCGGCGCUGCCGGGCAACGCGCCCAUCCAUCAGCGGGCCAACAUGAAGGGCGCCAUCACCCUCACCAUCCUCCUCGGGGUGUUUGUGGUGUGCUGGGCGCCGUUUUUCCUCCACCUCAUCCUCAUGAUCUCCUGCCCCCGGAACCCCUACUGCACCUGCUUCAUGUCCCACUUCAACAUGUACCUCAUCCUCAUCAUGUGCAACUCCGUCAUCGACCCCAUCAUCUACGCCUUUCGCAGCCAAGAAAUGAGGAAAACCUUCAAGGAGAUUUUCUGCUGCUCUCAGGCUCUCUUCUGUGUGUGAGCCGCCUGGGAGGCGUCAGGCGGAGCCACGACCUUGACGGCCACAAUCUGCAAUUUAAAUGAAAGUUGCGCCGACGAGGACUUUGAUGAUUUGAGCAGCAAUCACUGCUCUCGCAGUCGCCUGUAAAUGAUUGAUGAGCGAGGCGUUUGCCUCUGGCGUCAGGUUGCUGGAGAGGUAGGUUUAAAUAAAACGCCCUGUAACACGGAGCGUUGCUCUGUAGACAGAUGCUUUCCUGUUUUGUAGUAGACGUCACUCUCAAAGUGCAAUUUGAAGAAAAACAACCGUGGUUCAUCUCACUGAUUCUACGACCUUCAUUUUAUCGAUUGUUCACCGUUAAAGAAAUCUAUUCUAUUAUUACCUUGACGGUGUGUUUCAUCGAUUGGGAUUACGGUUCUUAAUUUCACAGCCGAUGUAACGUAGAACCUAAAUUCCACGGUGCAUGAGUUCUGUCCGGCAGACUGAUUGUAUGUAACGCAGAGAUUAACAGGGUAUAUGACAAACUACCUCCACGUUGGAGAGUGUAAUCCUCCUCUUAACCCUGAGAGUAUUUUCUCCACACGGCAAGAAACGAUAUUGUUUAUCCCUGACAUUCACUCGGUGAAGCACUUUAUCAGGAAGGCUACACGAACACUGGGUAGUAGCCUUGGUUCUUGGAUCCCACAACAACUUUCCUUUGACCGUCUGCUCCAGGUCGACUGCAUCGCGUCGUUUCUGCAGGAUGAUCAGCUGCACCGUCUCCCGUUCUACCACAUCCUGAAGGAUCCACGUCUGGUGGCGUUCACCCAACUCACUGUCAUGGACGCAAAGCCAUGGAAAGUGGCCAUUAGAAGAUGGUAAACUGUGGCUCUAAAGGGACAAACACGGCCAGUAACACAUUGCAGAUAUGCUCUGUCUUUUAACACCAUUCUGAGUAAAAACACUCAAACCAGCCCGUCACGGUCAAAUUCACUGAGCCGAUCACACUCACUGACGCGCCUGUAUCGGAAGCUGCAGGGUUGUUAACGUUUGCACUGCUGCCACGCGAUUGGCUGAUUGGCUGAUUGGAUGAUUGCAUUAACGAGCAGGAGUGUUGUGCCAAACGUGAAGCGAAUUUUCUCGCUGCGUUACAUGAACUGUGGAAUGUAAAUCUGAAAAGGGCAGACGGGUCAUGGUACAAAUUGCAACUACAAAAGCUCGAGUUUUAUCCUCCAUUUCUGAUCCAAUGUCAGGACGUGGGGGGGGUGGGGGGGUCUUGACACUACUUGGCUUUCGCAAACAAAGCGUCGCACGAAUGUUUCACUCGAGUUCAAAUGUUUCAACUCGGGCCAAGUGAAGGGAAUUUCUAUGUGACCUUUUUUAUGUAAUUGGCAUCAUGUUUGGUGUAAACGUGCCAUUGGGAGCUCCUAACAAAGUUCUGGUGUGUCUAUAUAAAGUGUAUAUUCCCUUUGUUCGGCGUUACAAUAAAUGUAAAAGAAAAACACGCGUAACAUUUACAUUUCACUUGAUAUUCGAAUGAGGUCAGAGCCCACUCAUUUCCCUGAUGUAUUACCAUGCCGAUCAUGACGGCAGAGAUGAGGAACAAAUGCAGGGAACGUUCUCCUCCGAUGGCAUUUAAGAUGCUGUUUUACCAUAUUGUGAAUGUAGGAAUCUAUAAAGGGUCGCGGCUCGUUUCCUUUGACCAUUUUGUAGAGAAAAGGUGCAAUUUUUCAAGCUGUUCCAAAUGGAUCAAAGCACAAACGAUCAGACUAGAUUGAAUCUGGGAAAAGACCCCACCAACAGCACCACAUUGUGUUUUUUGCCUCUCUGCCGUUCCCCAUGUCACCACAUACUAACUAGACAAGGACUUCUGAUGUUUACACAAGACGUUUCCUGACGGUUGUCUCGGCUACAGGGUGAUACAUUGUAAAAUAAAUCAUGUGGGUCAGUGUAUUUCUCAGGCACAAAGCAUGUCACUUUAUUAUUGUGAGUAUUUCUGGUCUCGAUGUUUAUUUGUACCAAAAGACAAACGGGGGCCCAGGACUCUUCUUCUCGUGUGUAUACACGGUUUCAACGAUGGAUAUUUUAUACCCGAUAGUGAAGGCGUGUUUUUUUUGAAAACCCGAGAUUCCAACCCCCCCUGCAGAGUUUGAUAUUACGCAACAUUCCCCGUGAGCAAAAAGCACAAGCACACCUGAUGAAACAGUCAGAGCGCAAUCAAGGUAUCCAAUUACAGCUCUUGUGGACUGUUUGUGCGGUUUGUACUGUGAUUUGUGUCAAUUUGCACAUGUGGCUUGUUCACGCUCUCAGCAUGUACAGUGCGAAUGUGUAGAGAUUUAUUUUUCAUCAUGUUCAUGUAACAGGGCGGAUUUUGUGUCGUGUAACUCGUUGCUGUCUAUCCUUGCCUUAAUGAUGUCGCACUGUGAUGUAAAGAGAAACCAUUUCCUCUUAUUUAAAAAAAGAAUACUAUGUAGGUAAAUGCUAUUUUCAAUAUUGCCUUAUUUAUUCAUGCCUUUUUAAACUUGAAAGUGCGUUUCUGAGCUCAUGAAAUGCACAAGAACACAGAUGUAAACGGGUUGUGCCACUUUCUGUUCAAAGCUUUGCCUGGAGUUUGAGUCAUGUGUGCCAAAAAGUGAAUAAAUGAAUACAUAAAUAAAAGGUAUCGCUCUCUGCUUUCUCUGUAAAGCCCUGCUGCGAAGUGACUUCAGUAAGUCAGAACACUUUCUCGGCACCAGUUUGUCAGCUGUUGCUCCAGGGACUUGAACCUUUUACACAAAUUCACAUAUGAAAACAACCUUACACUCACAAACAAACGGACUGAAAUGAGAAAUAAAAAAAAUACAGGUAUACAGGUAAA